AUGUCUUUCCCACGCCUUCUUCGUAGUGAAAAAGACCCUUGCCCAAGCCCGGAGCUUUGUGCCUAUGAUGCCCUAGGAAGAAGUUCAGAAAAGGCUCAACUUGUGACUAACUUAUCUGACACCCGAUCAGAAACUCCAAAGAAGACUGAAAAUUUUACUGGAUUUGAAUUGGAAAAUAACUCUUCAGAUAAAGGCCCCCAAGUGAAUAUUGACGAACAUAAUAGAAGAUCGUAUUCGCGGUUGUUGAACAAAGAAGGAUCUGAAAAUAACGAAAGAGGAAUCAGCAAAGAAAAGGAAGAUGAUACUGAUCCUAGCAGUGAAGCUCAAAACAUCGAUGCUCUAGGUAUUCGAGGUGUAGAAAAAAAUAAAAAUAUAAAAUUCAGUAGUCAAUAUAAUCCGAAUAGAAAAGAGCAAACGAAAUCAAAGACAAUCUAA